AUGGCGCAAGACGUCAAGCUGGACAACUUCUCCAUAACAGAGAUGGAGACCACUAAGAGCUACGCGGAUUCGUCCUCCGCCGAUUCCCCUCUACUUCGGCGGCCGGAAGGUGCAAAGGUCUUAUCAUCGAAGGUAUUUGACAGCUUCCGAAGUGGUCCUCCUCGCAAGGUCGCGGAGCCUUUGGUUGGCGAGAAUGGGAGGGUGUUCGAUGCGCAAGCUGCAGCAUUCAACACUGCAAACUCGCCUCUGGUUAGGAAGCUGAAAGGCCGACAUCUUCAGAUGAUAGCAAUUGGCGGGUCGAUAGGUACUGGUCUAUUCAUCGGCUCGGGCGAAGCUCUUGCCACCGGAGGGCCAGCGUCGCUCCUAAUUGCCUUUAUUCUCAUCGGCGGAGUAUUGUUUUGCACCGUGCAAGCUCUUGGGGAGAUGGCUGUCACAUUCCCCGUCGCAGGCUCAUUUUCCGCCUAUGCUACCCGAUUUAUCGAUCCAGCAUGGGGCUUCGCGUCCGGUUGGAAUUAUGCAAUGCAAUGGCUGUUCGUUAUGCCACUAGAGAUAAUGGCAGCAUCGAUCGUUCUGGAGUUUUGGUCAUUGCCUAUCCCUGGAUGGGCUUCUAUAACGGUGUUUCUAACCCUUAUUAUCUCGAUUAAUUUAUUCGGAGUCAAGAUUUAUGGCGAAGCUGAAUAUUGCUUCUCUAUAAUGAAAGUCACAGCUGUCAUUGGGUUUAUAAUUCUGGGCGUAGUGAUAAACUGUGCUGGCACACCAGAUUCGGGUUAUAUCGGUGGCAAGUACUGGGCAGAUCCAGGGGCAUUCCACGGUGGCUUCAAAGGCUUCGCCAAUAUUCUCGUCACCGCUGCCUUCUCGUUCGCUGGGACAGAGCUCGUUGGUCUCGCAGCAGCAGAGACGCAAAACCCCAGCCGAGCGCUGCCUACAGCCAUUAAGCAAGUAUUCUGGCGAAUUGCAGUCUUUUACGUUAUCUCCAUCGCCAUCGUUGGUUUGCUGGUCCCAUACACCAACCCACGGUUGCUAGGCCGCAAUGAUGUGGACAGCAAAUCGUCUCCUUUCAUAAUCGCCAUCACCGACGCCGGGAUUCAAGGCCUCGACUCGGUUAUGAACGCUGUAGUAAUGAUUGCUGUUCUGAGCGUUGCCAAUUCCUCCAUGUACGGCGCAACACGCACCAUGCAGGCACUCGCGGAACAGGGCCAAGCACCACGUAUCCUCGCCUACGUCGACCGCGAAGGCCGGCCGCUAGUCAGUAUCUUAAUCGCGUCUCUGGUCGGCUUGCUCUCCUACCUCUAUGUCUCACCUAUCCAAGGGCCCGCCUUCACCUGGCUUCUUGCGCUCUCGGGCCUCUCCUCUAUAUUCACGUGGCUCUCUAUCUGCUAUGCACACAUCCAGUUCCGCAAAGCUUGGGUCUUGCAAGGUAACUUAUUAACUGACCUUAUCUACCGCUCACCAAUCGGCACCAAAGGGUCAUGGGUCGGGCUCGUCAGCCUGCUUCUAAUUCUCGCGGCGCAGUUCUGGGUCGCUGUGGCGCCUGCGGGAUCUAGUAAUGUCAGGGGUGUCGGUGAACGCUUCGCCAACUUUUUCGAGGCGUAUCUGGCUAUGCCUGUUGUGCUACUAUUUUAUGUUGCAUAUAAGGUUUGGUACAGGACGAGGUGGGUGAGGGUUAACGAGAUAGAUUUGCGAACGGGGAGGAAUGAGUUUGAGAGUAUGGAAGGCACCACGAUAUGGGGUCGGUUACCUACCGAAGGUAGAUAA